GAAGAGGAGAACUGUUCUCAAAACUCACAAAAUCCAAAACACAAACGAGAAGAGGAUGAUUCAAUCGACUUUAAAUCACGAGAAAUGAAAAUAUUUCAAACAACAAGAAAGGUUUACAAGAAGUUAAAAGGUUAUUCAGAUGUUGACAAGAACAAUUCAGAGACGCAAUAUUUGUGGUCAGAAUACUAUCAUGUGUUUGGAAAAUUAAAUCCACUAAGUGAGUUUGAUCGUUCUUGUAUGGGUAGAAUCUUGAAACCCAAGAAGAAAAUAAAGUUGAAACACGUGAAAAAAGUUGUUCAAGAUGAUUUGAAUGAAGGGGUUAUUGGUAAAAACGAUAUUAGAUUUGUUGCGGGAAAUGCUGGAAUUACCAGAUCCGCGUUUAAAUAUUGCAGGCGCAAGCAGAUUUUUGUUCUAGAGGUUCUUAAGACUAUAGACGAUGUAAUUGUACUCUAUAAACCUUUCAAAUAUAAUAAAGAUGCCUUUUUUAACGUAAAAUUUAUUAUCAAUACUUGUACAACUCAAAUGUAA